AUGGCAGAGAAAGUGAAGGCUGCGAACCGAAAAGGCAAGAAGUCUGGAGGUUUCCAAUCUAUGGGUUUGAGUUACCCCGUCUACAAAGCAAUAGGGCACAAGGGAUACAAAGUGCCUACUCCUGUGCAAAGACGCGCGAUUCCCGUCAUCAUGGAAGGUCGCGAUGUAGUCGCUAUGGCACGGACAGGUUCCGGAAAAACCGCCGCGUUUAUUAUCCCCCUGCUGGAAAAGCUGAAGUCGCACUCUGCGAAAGUUGGCGCCCGUGGUCUGAUUCUGUCGCCAUCUCGAGAAUUGGCCCUGCAAACUCUGAAGUUUGUGAAGGACCUCGGAAAGCACACGGAUCUACGCUCCUGCGUUCUCGUUGGAGGUGACAACAUGGACGAUCAGUUCUCUGCAAUUGCAAGCAACCCCGACAUCUUGAUCGCAACCCCUGGACGUCUUAUGCACUUGAUCAUAGAGAUGAACCUCGACCUGAAGACCAUCGAGUAUAUUGUCUUCGAUGAGGCCGAUCGCUUGUUCGAGAUGGGUUUCGCUGAGCAGCUGAGAGAAAUCUUGUUCAGGCUUCCGGAGGCGCGACAGACGUUACUGUUCUCUGCAACGCUGCCGAAACUCCUUGUCGACUUUGCGAAAGCCGGUUUGACCGACCCAGCACUUAUCCGCUUAGACGUCGAUACGAAAAUCAGCAAGGACCUGCAGAUGUACUUCUUGUCAGUCAAACAGGAAGACAAAGAGGCCGCUCUGCUGUCACUCUUCCGCACGACCAUCUCGAAAGAGGAUGAGAUGACUGUUAUUUUCGUCGCGACAAAACACCACGUGGAGUAUAUGCAAGAGCUUCUGACCGCAGCCGGUGUUCCAAAUACGUACAUUUACGGUGCCCUCGAUCAGGCCGCCCGUAAAAUCCAUCUUGCCAGGUUCAGAGCAGGAAAAGUGAAGACGUUAAUUGUGACGGAUGUUGCCGCUCGUGGUAUCGACGUCCCGCUUUUGGACAACGUCAUCAACUACGAUUUCCCGGCGUCCAACAAAGUUUUCGUCCACCGAGUCGGUCGUGCUGCUCGUGCGGGUCGUAGCGGAAAAGCGUACUCGCUGGUUGCGUCGGACGAAGUGCCGUUCUUGUUUGAUUUGCAGCUGUUCACAGGACGACCGUUAGUAUUUGCUACCUCGUAUACGAAAGCGGAUGCCGGUGGUGUGUCCGUCGUACGCGAGCCCGACUAUACUUCCGAAUUCGUCUACGGGCUCAUGCCGCCGUCUACUCUGGCGUUGGAGAUCGAAACGGUGGUCUCCACCGUCAAGGGCAACGUGAAUCUUGAGAAUCUGCAACAGGGGGUCAAGAACGCUUACAAGAUGUACCACAAGUCGAGACCACUGGCCUCCAAAGACUCGUAUGCAAAGGCCAAGGAGAUUUCGGACGUUCAUCUAGGGAUACACCCACUACUGGCCGCGACGACGAAUGCGGCGGAGCACGCUCAAGCGGAGAUGAUUGCCUCCAUCUCUCGCUUCAGGCCAUCGGAAACGGUGUUUGAAACAACGAAAAAGGGCUUGAAGACACCGGAAGCUCUUCUGAUGCAGAAGCGCCGUGGACAGUUUGGAAACAGCGUAACUGCUUGGAGGGCGCAACGUGAGGAGAAGGACGCCAAGCUUGCCAAGCACCAAAGUGAAGUUAUUGGGAAGGGAACCUUGGAGGCGGCCGACGAGGCGGAUUUGGAGAGCGGUUUCGAAACGCUGGAAAGCCGUAAACGAAAGCGACCAACCUCCUUCCGUGACGAAAAUUACAUCUCGUACACGCAAGCCGACGCAGAUACCGAACGUGGGUACGCGGUGCAGACAGGAGAGGGUCCCGCAGCAUCCUUCAUGGAGCGAGCCAAGGCUGCUACGUUGGAGCUCACGGCUGAGGAUGGUGAUGGUCUCCGGAAACCGGCUCGUGGCGCUUUGGUCUGGGACAAGACCAAGCACGACUUUGUCAGACCUACCAUUGGAUCAGACAAUAAGAAGAAGAUGAGGACGGAGAGUGGAGCUGUGGUGAACGCUUCUUUCAAAUCAAGAAGAUUCGAGGACUGGCAGAAGCGCACGAAAGUAUCACUUCCCAAAGCAGGCGACCAGGAACUCGCAGACAGUACCUACCGGCACACAUCCGGCGGUACAUCCACUGGCGUCCGUCGCUACCGCCACAACAAAAUCACCGCUCCAGACGCCACCUCUAAGAACUUCGCCCGAAAGCAAAUGCGGGCUGAGCGAGAAGCCCGUAUCAAUGGCACACCUGCGAAGGCUGGACCAGAGGGUGGCAAACCUCCAAAGGGAUCCAAGGCCUCUGGCGGACAGCCUGCUAAGUCGGAAUUGAAGACUGUGCAGCAGAUCGCCAAGGAAAGGAAGGAGAAGGAGAAGAGACGAGAGAAGACUGGGCGCCAUGGCAAGGGCGGUGGGCGCGGCGGCAGGGGUGGUGGCCGAGGUGGUGGCCGAGAUGGUGGCCGCGGGACGGGAAGAAGAUAG